UGUCCCUGUUCAGCCCUUCUUCUUCCAUCAGUCGGUGCGGUGGAGUGAAUAACAAUAGCAAACAAGUUGCAAAUACACAGAGAUAACCUUCAAGAUGUCGGUGAUUGCAUUUGAAGAGAUCAUCAAUUCAUCAUCCAAUCAAUACAGUUUCACAGCUUUGCUGAUUCAUGGCUUAUUGGGUUCUCGAGAUAGCUUUCUAGAUUUCGCUCGCUCCCUUGCUUCCUCCCUCUCCAGCUCCUCUGAUUGGAGGAUGGUUCUUGUGGAUUUGAGGAACCAUGGAAGCUCAGUUGAUAGAGAAGGUUUAACCCCACCUCAUGAUAUAGCAAAUGCUGCUAGAGAUGUGGCUAAUCUUUUCAAAUCUCUAAAUGGGCCUUGGCCUGAUGUUGUUAUUGGGCAUUCUUUGGGGGGCAAGGUGGCAUUGCAAUAUGCUUUCAGUUGUGCUCAAGGUGAUUAUGGUGAUUCAGCACAGUUGCCUAAACAGCUCUGGGUACUGGAUACUGUCCCCGGAAAAAUCGAAAACAAUAGUCAUUAUGAAGAACUGGGGAAAGCGUUGCAUACGCUGCAGACUCUACCUUCUCAAAUCCCGUCAAAAGAGUGGCUGGUUGAUCAUAUGGUUAAUCUUGGGUUUUCAAAGUUCUUAUCAGAGCAUAUUAGUAGCAACCUCAAGAAGUCAGGAGAACACAAGACAUUUUCUUUCAAUAUCGAGGGUGUUAUACAGAUGUUCGAAUCUUGCCGGGAUACUGAUUAUUGGCCAUUGCUAGAGCAGCCUCCAAAGGGAAUUGAAAUAGCUAUAGUGCGUGCGGAAAGCCGAGUCACGUGGGACCCGGAUGUGGUCGAGAGGCUUGAGAGCCUUACGAAGCGGGAAAACGAUCUGUCAAGCGGCAAAGUCUCGGUUCAUGUUGUUCCCCGUUCUGGACACUGGAUUUACAAGGAUGAACCAGAGAGACUGCUGGAGAUCAUGGCCCCAAGAAUGGCUUCCCUGGUUCAACCGGAUAUCUAAGCUGUAGCUGUUUUUAGUGGUUGAAAAAUGCAGGGUGGAUAGUUCACUUUGCACUUUCACUGUCUUGUGAUUGAUUAUACAAUGCUCAUUAUAUAAGUUUAGAAGAACAAUUGCAACAAAUUUAUAUAAUAUUAACAAAAUUACUAGUUAUAAACAAACAUGUCAGAACCUUUGAAAUUUGUUGUAUUGAAAAUUUAA